AUGACUCCGAAACGAACGUACCAAGAUGAAGAACCGUCUGCGAGCCUUCCGAAACGGCCAAGAAUCUUCGACACAUCCUCCAAUGGCAGCAUUUACCCAAACCACGAUGUGUACCCUCCACUUGUGCAUGGAGACUACACAAUCGCCUGGAUCUGUGCACUUCCCUUAGAACUGGCGGUAUCGCGUGCCAUGCUGGACGAGGAACACCCACUGCCACCCAACCAAGCCGGCGACGACAACAUCUACGUGCUCGGACGCAUAGACCAGCACAAUGUUGUCAUGACAUGUUUGCCGGGACAGUAUGGAACGAACAACGCCGCAAUCGUCGCGACAAACCUGAAGCGGAGUUUUCCGAGCAUUCGCGCUACCUUAAUGGUCGGCAUCGGCGGCGGAUCCCCUAGCCAGGCCGACUUGUACCUAGGUGAUGUUGUCGUCGGCACGAGGGUCAUGCAGUAUGACAUGGGCAAAGUGAUUGCGGGCGGCUCGUUCCAAGAAACGGCUGAUGCAAAGACUCCUUCGUGGCUACUGAACUCAGCUGUGUCCGCUCUACGAUCGAAGCAUGGGCCGCACCAUUCCAGCAGUCGGAUGGCAAGGAUCCUGCGAAGCCGACUCCCGAAUAUCUUGCGCCCGAACCACCCCGAUCGCCUGUUCCAAGCGUCCUAUAACCACCUUCUCGAGGCUCCAACAUGUAUUGACUGCGACCCAGCAAAGCUGCAACCACGAGGCGCACGCCUCUCUGACGAACCCAGGAUCCACUACGGAGUCAUCGCUUCGGGAAACAGGGUUAUGAAGGACGGGAAAGUACGGGAUGACAUUGCUCAGCGACUUUCGGCGCUGUGCUUCGAGAUGGAGUCAGCCGGCAUGAUGGAUAACCUCCAGUGCUUGCCGAUUCGUGGAAUUUGCGACUAUUCGGAUUCCCACAAGAACAAGGAGUGGCAAGACUAUUCUGCUGCAACUGCAGCUGCAUACGCGAGGGAACUGCUGGAAGGGCUUCCGCCUUCGUCCAGGCCACUUGAUCGGACUCCCAUAAUCAAUACCCUUGCCCUGGCCCGUCUCUUCUCCUCUAGUAUCAUGCUGACUGGGGAUGUGAGUAGUCGACUAUGCUUUGGAACGGCGGCAACGCUUGCUGAAAUGCCUUGA